UAUUGCUUAACGCGAUGGCUAUUUGGUGGUGUGCGGUAUAGCACCACUAUACCACUACUACGUGAGGAAUAAAACGUGGAGACAAUUCGCUUUUAGGAAAAAAUGCGAAGGCUAGGCUGCUACUGUGAACAGGACGACUGCUAGUAUGUUUGCUAGAUACAUUAUAUACACGUGAAUUUCGCAAGCUAGCGAAUUUACGACCGGAAUUAUAUGCGUUUCAGCUCACGAUGUGGGAAGUUGUCUAAUUUACCUAGCCUGUCUAUAUUUGGAAAAAAUGACAAAAUUACAACUUUUAAAUGCAUUUAUGACCGAACGCUUAAUGGUGGCUGUCCAGGAGAUACUGGAGGUGGUCGGAAACACUGUGUCUGAGUACCAGCAGGAAACUACCCGAAUAAAGAGAGAGAACGAGAGUCUGAGAUGGAAGCUCCGUGAAGUCGGACUUGAAGCUGAAACAACUUGGGGGACAGGUGCACAGCUUGCUGCUCUUCCUGUCUCUAGAGGAAAGUCUCACGCAGAGCAGCAGCUCGGUGAACAGGAGUGGAGCUCCAGUCUAAGGCAGGACACAGAGCUCACACUGACUGAAGAGAAACAGGAGAUCACAGAGGAGCACAGAAUCAGACAAAGAGAAGAGGACCUAGUGUGUAGUCAGAUAACAAAGUCAAGAGAUUGCUCUACAUCUUGUACACCAGAACUAAACACACAAGCACAUGAAACUUGCACAGCUCCGAGUGUGAAGAAUGACUGUGAUCGAGAUUCCAUCAACCCUUCCCGUUUGUUCAAGAUUCAGGUUGUUAACACAGAAGAAGUGGACUCAUUACCUAAUAUGGUAUCUAGCCAGAUUAAAGCAGAGCCGAAUGGAGUGGAUUACCGUGUGACAGAAAAGCUCACUGAGUCCUUCAGUGAAUUAAAUUCAGACAGUGUGAACAAUGCAAAUGGCAGUGGUGUACAAGGCUGGUCUGCAUCACAAUCUGAAGCACAGGAGGCUGAAGAAACACAGGAAACAGAUGAUGGACAAAGAUCAUACUGCUGUCCUGAAUGUGGGAAGUCUUUCAGUCAUGCUUGCCACCUGAAACUGCAUAGGCGGAUUCACACAGGAGAGAAACCAUAUUGUUGCACAGAGUGUGGGAAAUGUUUUAAUCAUGCUGGACAUUUUAAAGUGCAUCAGAGAAUUCACACAGGAGAAAAACCGUACAGUUGUCUUCAGUGUGGGAAAUGUUUCAAACAAAUAGGACAUCUAAAUGUACAUGUUCGAAUUCACACUGGAGAAAAACCUUACGUCUGUAAUAUUUGUGGGAAAGGAUUCAUUGAAUCAGGCACCCUCAAGAUUCACUGUAGAACUCACACAGGAGAGAGACCAUAUUGUUGCUCCUUGUGUGGGAAGACUUACAAUAGGAGGACCCACCUAAAUCACCACUUGCGUACCCACUCGCGUCUUAAAAAUCUGCAGUCAUAAUAAUUAUAAUUAAUGUAUUGUCAUUUUUUGAAUGUUUAUUAAAAAAUGUUUUUCCUCAUUAAAGAAAGACAGAUGCUCAAAUAUGUUUAAUGUAGCUUGAUUCCAUGAGACUUUCACUUCCAUGUGCUUUUCUCAUGUUUCUUUCAGUAAUUGUCAUAUCCUUAAUGCUCACUUAUUGUUCUGUUCAUUUUUGUUGGUUUGUCAUAAACAUUUCCUUUAACUCUGCUGAAACUUUACAAACUUUAAAGCUAUACAUGCCUAAUCAAUUGAAUAAAAUGGUCAGUUUUUUUCUCUGUCUACAAUCAGUAGUACUUCUCUGUUGGAAAAGUAAGCAACAUAUUUAUCUUAUUGCAGACAAGAGUGGAAUGAGUCAUGUUCUACACAUUCAGUCCAUGUAAGAUAUGUGAGUGUGUAUAUCUGGAUACAGGCUUUGGGUUAAACAAUGCAACGGCCUUCAAAUGAUCUUUUUCCAUGUUACUGUCUGCUUGAAACAAUUCUUAUAUCACUGGUCACAUUAAUGCAGGAUUCUGUGUUUUUAACACAGAAAAAAAGCCAAAAUGCUGGAAAAAAAAUACAUUGCCUCCUAUAAACCCAAAUGUUUCAAUGUUUUAUUUUAUGUAAUGUGCAAUUACCCAGAUUUACCACAACAAAAUAAUUACUCCUGUUUCUUUGAGCCAAUUGGCUUUCAGUGUCUGACAUUUGUGUCAUUUAUUGAUCUUAGUCUUUACACAGCUGUUGGUACUGGCACUGAAAGAAGCAGAAGUGAAGCAUAAUUUGAAUGAGAAGUCAAGAAUGAGAUGUCACACCUUAGCUAGCUUGCUGAACAUGAGUAAGUUAAAACAGAAACCAAUCCUAGUGUUUUAAUAUUAUUAGGCUGCGUGGCAAAAAUUUGUUUUCAUCAAAAUGUCAAACAUAUUUGUGGCUUUUUUCAUUUUGCUAAUCCUGCUAUUUCAUCCAGCUUCUGUUAUAAGUGUCAUAAUAAAAUUCUAAACGGCA